AUGCUAUCGGCUCGCUUAACAAGGCAAUUAGUCCGAUUUAAUGGACGUGUAGUGUUACAACAGAGUAGGAAUUAUGCUGAUGCAGCACCAGCUAGCCAAUUGCUGUUAACAUUUGCUUCUCCCAAUCAGGCCUUCUAUAGCAAACAAAACGUCAAACAAGUUGAUGUACCUUCAUUUAGUGGUAACUUUGGUAUCUUACCUAGUCAUGUUCCUACUAUUGCCGUUAUCAAGCCUGGAAUUGUAACUGUAUAUGAAGAAGAUGGAACGACUUCCAAGUAUUUCGCAAGCAGCGGUAACAUUUCCGUCAAUGCAGAUUCAACUGUUCAAAUUCUUGCUGAAGAAGCUUGUCCAUUAGAUCAGCUAGAUGCUCAGGCCGCGAGAGAAGGUUUAGAGAAAGCUAACCAACAGGUUACAUCGGCAUCAUCAGAUGAAGCUAAAGCAGAAGCGCAAGCAGCCGCCGAAUGCUAUGAAGAAAUUAUCAAGGCUACUAAUUAAUUAAUGUUAUCGAUGUAAAAUUUUGUAAUGAAGGCUUACCAAAGUACAAAUUUAAGAUACAAUUUUAACGAACAUUUAGCUUCAACUUCAAU